AUUCCCUAUCAGCUUCUAUAUGAGUUAUAUAAAUAACUAAAUUAUUCCCUCCAAUCUCAUUGUCUUUCAUAGUAAUAAAUAAACUAAUAAAAAGCUUAAUAACAGCUACUGUUGCUGCAAAAGCCUACCUGCAUCACCUUGACAUUAUAUACAUGGAUCCUCAGCUCAGUCCUGAUUCCUACUCUCAUCAGAUUAAGAAAGAAACAUGGAAGCAUACACUUCUUUUGUCAUUUCAAAGCCUUGGAGUACUUUAUGGCCAAUUAAGUACUGCUCCCUUAUAUGUAUUCGGGACAAUUCCUGCAAAAGAUAUUUUAUCGGAAGAAACUGCAUACGGACUCUUCUCCUUCAUUUUCUGGACUUUGACAAUCGUUUCUUUGCUGAAGUAUGCCUUUAUAGUCCUGAAAGCUGAUGAUGAUGGAGAGGGUGGUACUUUUGCUUUGUACUCAAUCUUGUGUAGGCAUGCCAAAGUGGGUCUACUUCCAAGUGACAGAACUGCUAAUGAGGUUACACAUUAUGAAGCUGGAAGUCCUUUCAAGAUCAAGGUUGAAUCAAGGGCAAGAAGGGCGAUCGCAAAACAUAAAAGCAGUCAUUAUUUAAUGCUGUUCUUGGCUUUGUUUGGUUCUUGCAUGAUAAUUGGAGAUGGGGUUCUUACUCCAGCUCUUUCUGUGUUAUCAGCCUCAAAAGGUCUCCAAAGAUCACUAUCUGAUAUGUCACAUAUAUUUUCUUCUUCUGAAAGUAGACAGGAGUCAAUAUCAAAAGAUUUUAAAAGAUAUGUCCCAGUGCCUUCUGCAUGUGUCAUACUGUUGUGCCUUUUCAUGCUGCAGCACUAUGGGACUCAUAAAAUUGGGUAUAUGUUUGCCCCGAUUAUCAUCAUUUGGCUCUUUCUUAUAAGCGGAGUUGGUAUAUACAAUAUCUUUUACUGGAACCACCACAUCAUCUAUGCGAUAUCCCCAGUAUACAUGUACAAGUUUAUUAGGAAUGUCCACGUUAGCAGCUGGAGGUCAUUAGGCAGCAUCAUUCUAUGUGUUGCAGGAUCAGAGGCAAUGUUUGCACAUCUAGGUCAUUUCUCAAGGAGAUCUAUCAAGAUUACAUUCAUAUGCUUAAUUUAUCCGGUUCUUGUUUUAUGCUAUGCUGGUCAAGCGGCAUACAUAUCCAAAAAUCUUCAUGUUGAAGAUUUUAAUCAUCUCAGUGAAUCUGUACCUAGACAUAUUCGCCACUUCUUCAUCGUGUUAUCCCUACUUGCUUCAGCUGUUGGAAGCCAAGCAACCAUAACUGCCAGUUUCUCCAUCAUAAACCAAUGCCUGGCACUUGGUUGCUUUCCGCGAGUUAAAGUUAUUCAUACAUCAGAUAAGAUAAAUGGGCAGGUUUACAUCCCUGAUAUUAACUGGUUACUUAUGGUGCUCAGCCUUGCAGUCACAAUUGGUUUCCGUGACAUUACGAAGAUUGGGAAUGCUACAGGUUUGGCCGUAGUUUCUGGAAUGCUUGUAACAACUUGUUUGAUGUCACUUGUCAUUGCUCUAUAUUGGGAGAAAAGUUUAGCAGAAUCAGUAUGCUUUCUCCUACUCUUCGGCUUUAUCGAAGCCUCAUAUGUCUCAGCAUGCAUGUUGAAUUUUCACAAGGGCGCUUGGUAUCUGGUUGUCCUUCUCAUGUUUUCGUUUACAAUCAUGCUCGCUUGGCAUUAUGGAACCAUGAAGAAAUACGAGUUUGAUUUACAAAACAAGGUGUCUACAGAAUGGCUUACAGAUCUUAGUCCAGGCCUUGGAGUUUCCAGAGUACCUGGUAUCGGUUUUAUCUACACUGAUAUAGUAAUGGGAAUCCCAGCUUUCUUCUCACACUUCAUUACAAAUCUCCCUGCAUUUCAUCAAGUACUUAUCUUUGUAUCCUUCAAAUCUCUGCCAGUUCCUUAUGUUCAUCCGAGUAGGAGGUAUCUAAUAGGCAGAGUUGGCCCCAAAAAGUACAAGAUAUAUCGUUGUGUUGUAAGAUAUGGAUAUUGUGAUCGUAUUAGGGACACAGAUGAUUUCGAAGAGCAGAUUAUUCGUUCGAUUGGAGAAUUCAUUUCUUUGGAAGAAAAUGAUCUUGAAUCCUUGACUUCACCAGAAGGAAGAAUGAUUGUUGUUGGAAAACCAUCAUCGUCACAGGAUGGCAAUGCUUUGAUCCCUAUGGAUGAUACAAUCUCAAAUAUGAGUCCUGCUGGCUUUGCAAACAAUGAAACACAGGUGAGUCAAUUCAAUGAUAUAUCUGAAAGAGGUAAUGGACCUGUGAAGAGGAAGAAGGUGAGGUUCAUGUUGCCUGCAGAUAGUCCUAAAAUGCGAGUAUCUGUAAGAGAGGAGCUACAAGAACUGGUUGAUGCCAGGGAAAGUGGUACAGCAUAUUUCUUAGGACAGUCACAUUUAUCAGUUCGAGAUGGUUCAAACUUUCUCAAGCGAUUCUUGAUCAUGACAUACUCAUUCUGUGAUAAGAAUUGUCGUGAGCCUCCUGUUGCGCUGAACAUACCUUAUGCUGCUCUUGUUGAGGUUGGUAUGGUUUAUACCAUAUAAACUGUACUACAAAUAUUGAAAUGAAAAAAAAAAAAAGAAAAAAGAAAAAAGUAUGUAACAGUUUGUACAGAACGAGAUGAAGAACAAAAGGAGAAGAGAGAAGAUAUUUAUGCCAAGAAAUUAACAAGUUCAACUUGGUAGUUUUUACAGUUCAUGUAUUUGAUGAAUUUAAGAGAAAGAAAAAUUAUCUUCAAGAUAAUUGACAAAACAGUUAUAUUUAUAUCUAACAAAAAUAAAUAAAUGUAAAAGUAAGAAUCAUGAGAAUGGUAUUAUAUCUUUUGUGUUUGUUUGUUAUGGAUUGGAGGAACAGAAGGACAAUUUGGAAUU